CCGGAACCCGGUGGUUCCCAGGAGGCUAAGCGACGCGCGGCCCCGCCCUGCCUGGGCUCAUGGGAGUUGUAGUACGAACCCAGUCAGGACAGGAGCCAUGGCGGUGACAAAGGAGCUCCUACAGAUGGACUUGUACGCGCUGCUAGGUAUUGAGGAGCAGGCGGCGGACAAAGAGGUGAAGAAAGCAUACAGGCAGAAGGCCCUCUCCUGCCACCCAGACAAAAAUCCAGAUAACCCCAAAGCAGCCGAACUCUUCCACCAGCUUUCUCAGGCCUUGGAAGUGUUGACUGAUGCUGCAGCCAGGGCUGCAUAUGACAAGGUCAGGAAAGCCAAGAAGCAGGCAGCAGCGAGGACCCAGAAACUUGAUGAGAAAAGGAAAAGAGUGAAGCUUGACCUGGAGGCCCGGGAGCGGCAGGCCCAGGCCCAGGGGAGUGAGGAGGAGGAAGAGAACCGGAGCACCAGGACUCUGGAGCAGGAGAUUGCACGCCUACGAGAAGAGGGUUCCCGGCAGCUACAGGAGCAGCAGAGGCUCAUCCAGGAGCAGAUACGCCAGGACCGUGAGCAGAGGCUGAGAGGAAAGGUGGAAAAUAAUGAAGGCAAAGGAACUCCCAAACUGAAGCUAAAAUGGAAGUGCAAAAAGGAAGAUGAGUCCCAAGGUGGCUACUCCAAAGAUGUCCUCCUGCGGCUUUUACAGAAGUAUGGUGAAGUUCUCAACCUGGUGAUUUCCAGUAAAAAAGCAGGCACUGCCGUGGUGGAGUUUGCGACUGUCAAGGCUGCGGAGCUGGCUUUCCGGAAUGAAGUGGGCCUUGUGGAUAACCCUCUGAAGAUUUCCUGGUUGGAGGGACAGCCCCAGGACACAGCAGGCCCCAGCCACCCAGAACUGUCAAAGUCUCUAACUUCUGCCCUGCCAGCCUGUCCAAGGAACUUAGUCCAAGGCUAUCCGUGUUCUUGCUUAUGCCUCCAGCGUGGCACCAUUUACCAGGGCUCAGUGCUGUCAGAGAGGGACUACGAGAGCCUUGUCAUGAUGCGCAUGCGCCAGGCAGCCGAGCGCCAACAGCUGAUCGCCCAGAUGCAGCAGGAGGACAAGGGGCAGCUCACGUAGCCCCAAAUUCUCACCUUCCCUCCCCACUGCCUUUUUCUAAAACCAGUUCCAAUAAAAUUUUUUAAAAAAGA